CACGCCUCCUCCUCAAAACUUCACCAAUGUGGCGGCGUGCAGUACUGGUGUGCGGAGACAUGCAGGUGAAUGCGACACGGUAGUCUCGAUUUCUUCAUUAAUUCACGGUGUGGUUGAAAUGGAAGCGAGGAGUCCAGGAGUCGCUAGCUCUGCUAGAAAACCUGUUUUAAAUAACAGUGCAAGAAAGAUCAAGGAUAAUGCUGCAGACUGGCAUAACUUCAUUCUGAAAUGGGACAAAUUAAACGAUGCCGGCUUCACGGUCGCAAACAACAUUGUGAACAUUAAGAUCAGCAAAGAGACAGAAAACGAUGCCAACAUGCAAGUGGAUUGUGACGGUUCGUCUGUCAUCCAGAAAUCUGCCUCUGCGUCGGAACCACACAAAGAGCUGGAGGAAUGCUGCACUGAGCUGCUUGACAUUAUGGACAAAAUGACUCACCUGGUUUCAAAAAUGGCAAAGCUUUCUUCCACUGUCAAAGGAAUCUGCGUGCUUGAGUCCUUCCAACACGGAGAGGCAGGCAGAGACCGGCCCCUCUUCCACACGUGGUCCACAAAACAGUUUGAUGAAGUUUCCUCAAAGCUGGCUGACGCCUACCAGCAGGAGCUGCGCCUCAAGCAAGCGAUCGCGCAGGAAGUAGCUCACAACACAGAGCAGGACCUCGCCAUGGUCUAUCUGUCAGCCUGGCUGUAUCAGCCCUACAUAGAGGACAGCAGCAGGGUACUGCUGGAGAGCAUGUUGCUGGAGACUGGACACAGACCACUGUAGCAGCUCCAGUACUGUGUUUACACAACACAGACUGUAAUGUGAUUAAACAACCAAAUAAAACAAUACGGUGCUGUUUAUUGUAA